CCCCUCGUCGUCGCAAUGCUCCACCUCCUCGCUCUCCUCCUCCUGACCUUUGCAGCGGCGCGCCGCAUCCACCCCGCCAACAACACGUCGUGGUGCAUCCACGCGCUGGCGGUCACGCCACGCAGUGGCACACAGCUCGGCGUCGAGCGGUGUACCGGCAGCUUUGGGCAGGAGUGGAACUUCUUCGGCUCGUCCAGCAUCCUCCAGCUGCGCGGGACGAACCUCUGCGCUGCGCCAGCGGCGAAGUACAACGGCGCGCUCGUGUAUCUCCGCGAGUGCCCGUACGACCGCUCACAGUGGGGCGAGAUCACGUGGCACCCUGCUGGCGGGUUGCGGCUGAGCUACGAGAACACAAACUUCUGCCUCGACAACAAGGACGGGCGCCUCGGCAUACAUAACCCCGUGCAGAUCUGGGACUGUUACGAGGGCGGCACCCCGCAGACUUGGGGAUUCACGGGAGUGAACGGCCCCACCCCGCCAUGGCAGCAGUAGGCGUCCUCAGAAAUCAAUAAGUCAGAAGAGCGGCUGGCUGGCCCAGCUGUAUGUUUGCAUUGCAUGAAUC